UGCAUUUGAUGUAACUGAUAAUUAAGUUAAUAAUUUUCAAAUGUUUCCUGCGUUUGCUAUCCUCUUUCAGACAAUUAUAUAAAUACUGAAGCUUCCAACGCAUAUGAAAUGACGCAAAGGAUGUCAGUCGAAAAGCACAAUUGUUAGUUUAUUUCUGAAAAGAAAUGAAAAGAAAAAAAGCAUGAACUGUCUUUAAUGCGACUCAGACGGAGACAUUGACAAAAAAGAGAUGGCAUGAAUGACAUUAAGUUAUUAAAAUAAAUGUAAAAUCUAGAUUAAACCACCCGAGAGGGAUAUUUUGUGAAAAGUGAACUUGUGUGAAAUUCUUUGGAACAGGUUAAUACUUUUGUAGUUUUCUGGUAAAAACAUUAUCAUGUAAUAAAAUUAGCUCUUCACAUACCUCCUAGAAAAGUAAAAGGCACUUCAUUGUUGAGGAUGAAAUUCAUGGUGUUAAAUACAGUUAUACGAAGUUCUGAACAAAACAUGUAAAACAUUGUGUAAUUGUUCUACUAAAUGGCUUUUCUUACGGAAUUUAAAUCUACAAAUGAGAUAAAGAACUAGUUAAAGAAUAAAUGAAGGAUGAGGAAUCAGAGUAGAGUACAAAGCAGAUCCAUGCUGAAUGAAUUUGGUCAGGACCCUGUGAUGGGAGAGUACCUGUGUAUAGGGGACUAUAUAUGUUUGUACUGUGAGGAAACAGAAGGUUAUGUUUACAGUGAGCAGUCCAGUGCGACCGACAAUGGCCUGUGUAUAUACACAAAUCAGGACAGAAACAGACCGACAAACAUCCCUAAUCAGCAUGUGGUUGUGUUCCAAGUUUGUAUCCAGAACAGGUAUAAACUCAACAAAAAGUACAGAAAAUGGAUAUCUACGCUACAAGCUGACGGGGGUUUGGAGACUGGUGCCAAAGCCGCUCUUAAUCUGUCACGGGCAAAGAAAACUUUUCAGUCUGCUGCGGAGGCCGAGAAUAAUGACAAUGAGCUGGAGCAGAAAAGACAGCAUGGAAAACGUGUUCGAUAUGGCGAAAUUGUGCAGCUGAAGCACAUACUGACUAGCAAAUUUGUUCAUAUGAGCACAACUCAAACAAGCCAGAUAGACAAGAAUUAUAUGAAGGUGUCUUUGCACGAAUUCAAUGCUAAAAAUGCCCAAUUCAGAAUAUUACCUCGAUACAAAGUGAAAUCUGAAGGUGAAGUGGUUCAACUGUAUGAUCAGAUAGUGUUUGAAAGUGUUAAAUCCCCCGGACAUUAUUUCCAUGCUAGUGAACCCCAUCAGCUAGAUUACAAGUCACACGGAAUAAGUGCAUUUCCGCGAUCAGAAUUAAACCUUGGUGUGGAGCGGUCAAGCUUUACGCUGAUUGGUAGUUAUAGAGAGACCCUGGAGCAAGAGAGAUUUGUCAGGGGUGGUUCAGUUAUACGACUUUUCCAUAAAGAGCUUGAAGCUUAUCUUGUCGCAGAAGGUCUGUUUGAUGAAGGGGUCACGGAAGACGUUCAUUUCCGUAUACGUGUUAUUGACCAACAUAGACCAAAGACUCUGUCCCCAUCGACCUCUGGUAUCACUUAUUGGCAGAUUGAAGCCGAGCAUAGUAUACUGGACGGAGACGUUUUAAGAUGGGAACAACAAAUCCGCUUACGAAAUAUGCUGACGAGGCAAUAUUUGUGUAUAGACUCCCGCAGUGAAGUAUCUCUCAUCACAGACCCUGCUGAUCCUAGAACUGUUUUCAGAUUGCACUCUGUUUUAAAGGAACAAGACGAGAUACAAUAUGAGAGCUAUGCUCGGAUAGAACAUGUCCUUACCGGAUGUUGGCUUCAUGCUUUAAAAGACGAGGACUAUGAAAAAAGAGAAUUCCGUAGUAAUGACCAGGAAAUGUCCAUGUACGGAUUACGUUGGGACGGUGCUUCUACGAGAAAGGUAUCAGCAAGUGGUGAAAGCAUGUACGAUGACGCCUAUACGAUACAGAUGGUUGAGAAACAAGACGUUAUGAACUUCAAUUUUGUCGCUGGAAUGGUUCCCUUCCUGUUCAAUUUAAUUAAUGAUUUUCAGACAGGAGCGUCAUUAACCGCAAAGAAAACACAUGGAAUAAUUGCGGCCUUGAAAGAGCUGAAGUACUUUAUGACGGUUGAUGGACAGCCCGAUAAAGACAGACAAAAGUUAAUGAGAAAUCUCAGGGUUAUAGAUCUGCUUGUCCGGCUGCUCCAAUGUCCGCUGAAAGAUGGCGACGAAGAACCUCACAUGAUAAGGAUCUUUAAGGAGGCGUAUGAUGUCCUACAUGCAUACAUGAUUGGGAAGAGCAGAAAAAACGCCCUCUACUUUGCCAAAUAUAUCGACUUCUUCCAAACACAGUUUACUCAAAAAGGUGGUAUCGGUCUAUAUGUGGCACAGAUGAUUGUCGAGUUGAUACGAGACAAAAGAAAGAUUGUGGAUAGAAUAACAAAUCAUCAUCUAGACAUCUAUAUUGAUCUACUCAGAAAACAUCAGAAUUACAGAUUUCUUGACUUGCUACAAGUUCUGUGUGUCUGUGAUGGUGUUUCAAUACCAAACAACCAGACAUACAUCACAGAGAAAUGGCUUCGUUCGUACAAAGACAGCGUUUAUUUGACUGACCGAGGGCAGAACAUCAACAAAAGGCCGAACAUAGUAUAUGUUUCAACAAAUAAUACACAGUCAUGGUGUACCCUACAUGAAUUCGUGAAUCCGGACAGUGCGGAGUUUAACGAGGGACAAUACGACUUCCUCAUUCAUCAGCUGGAGCUCUUCAAGUCACUGACAUAUGGACGGAACGACUUUGCAAUACAUGUGAUAACAAGGGAGUUUGGCUAUUUGACGUGGGAAGACGCAUUUCUUUGCAUCACAUCUGAUCUUUUACCAGACUCAAUUCGGGCAAAGUACUGCGAACUUAUUAUAGGCCUGUUUGUUGACGUUGGAAACAAUUAUUCGGUGCUUGAUAACCCGAACAUAUGUUUUGUAUACGAGUAUGUCGGAUCAAAAGACUCAGAAAGAGAACAAAGUCAAUUCCAGCCUACGGCUGGAUCAUCCGGCAGUUCACAGGUUGUUAAAGACUUGGUGACUAUUUUUCCUGUGUUAAGAGAUUGGCUGGCAGAGUUCCUCAACAGUAACUGUGUAAUGACAGCCUCAGAUAUAGGCCAUAAUUUACUUAUUGAGCAGGUACUGAGAUUGUUGCAACAUUUGGUGAAGUUUGGAUACUACAGCGACAUUGAUGAUGUCAGACAUCUUCUGACACCAUUGCUCAGUCAGUUAGAUGGUAGGCAUGAUGUGCCUUUUCCAAAAGACAAGAGUAAAGGCUACUCCAAAGAGGGACAGAAAGCCGUCAACAAGUAUAGAGAGUCGGGAAGAUUUGAAACCAGCAAAGAAUCAGAGGCAAUAGUUAAAGCAAAAUACCAGGCAAUGGAGGUACUCGAUCUCCUACUGACGUUCCAGAGAAAUAUUCGUUUGAAGACAUUUGUUGAAAAGUUCAAAGGUGCGGAAGUGAGCUCACACAAAAAACGAGGUCAGACGUCCGUUGAGCCACUGUUAUAUGAGUCUUUCAACCCGAUAGAUACUUCAAAGAAAGGAAUCAGAAAACAAAGAGAGGUGUUAAGAGAUCUUAAAGAUAUGUUCCACGCAUCCUCAAUAUUUGAUAUAGAAAGUACCACCACAGUAUUGAUGGAUUUGUCUGAUUACAAAUAUGACAUGAUGGUGAUGAAAUCACUGGAUAUAUUGAAUAAACUUUACUCUUCUCAGAGUGACAUGUUCCGCCUAGCACUGGAAGCUCAGAUUUUAUUGUCACAAGAUUCUGCACGUGUUCAUCGAGAAGUACAAAGAAGUUUACCUGUGCUAAGACGACUGGCAAAACAAAAGUUAAAUGAUCAACAAGUGUUACUAAUGAGUGAGAUUCUAGAUGAACUUGCAGAGUUCUGCCAUUUGCCAAAAAAUCCCCAUGAGCCACAUUUCAUGAACCAAAAUAUAAUGAUAAGUCAUGGAAUCCUUGACAUUGUCCUUGAUAUCCUGUCGCAAGAAAUUGAUGCAAAGUUGUUGAAAGAGCAAUAUGGUGGCAUGAAAGUGAUCUUCCAGAAGACAUUAUACCUGUUGCAGUUAUUGAUCAGGGAAAAUGACAAUGUGCAAUUCAGGAUAUUUAACCAUCUUGACACAUUGCUAGAUGUCCAAGUGGUGCCAUCUGAUCUUGCUCUUGCAUUGAAAGAGGUUUUCAUCGCAAAUCAAGCAACCUGUCUCAAAGUUCAUCCCCAACAAAUCAAGAAAAUAGUACGUUUAGCUGCUGAACAUCAAAACCAAGCGUCUGAAUUUCUUGAUUUGUUAAAUGUGCUUGUCAAGGUCGAGGGACUAGAUCUUACCAUCAAAAGAAAUCAAGCUCUUGUGAUGAAAUAUAUCAUGCAGAAUUUCAAAAAAGCAGCAUAUGUUCUCGACCAACCACGGGAAUCUAGACGAAGCAAUUUAUCCGGUCCUUUACUAUUACCCUAUUGGGAACACAUAUUGACAAACCAAGCUGAAGAAGGACAUUUAGCCUACUUUGCCCACUUGGUGGAUCUUCUAGCAACAUGUGCCGAGGGCGAGAACAAGUUUAUUGAGUCGUUAUGCCAGACUAUUCUCCCCGUGGAGGAAAUUCUUUGGGUAAUCAAUCACCAAGACAUCGAUUGUAACAUCAAGAGGCCUUUCAUUAAAUUCAUGAUGUGGGUCUACAUGAAACCUGCUGAGAAUUUGAUUGAGAGUGGAGCAGCUGAUCUGCAACAUCACAAACAAAUCUGGGAUUUUAUUGGGACAGUUAUUGGUGAGAUCAAUCAGUUAUCCGAAUCCGUAAAAGGCAUGUCUGAUAGAACAACUGAUUUAUUGAAAAUGUCUCCGUCCAAGAGUGCCGUCGCGGUGUCAUCUGAUACAAGUAGUUUAAUACAUAGUGGAAUAUACUACAUCUUAGAAGGAGUAAUGCCAUUCUUAGAGGUAUUUUACACAUCAUUUUUCUCACCAGAUAAAGAUCUGUAUCCAGAUGAAAUAUUCCACACUGACAGCUUAGCUACAGCUUUAGUGGCAUUCUCUGAUGUAGUUGGUUCAAUGCUGACAAAUCCGGCUCAUAUGAAAUGUUUAGUUACCUCAGUGACGUCAGUUGUGACCUCAUCCAGUACUCCAAAAUCAUUACUGGUAACAGUGCUAGAAAAAUUCACAUCUGAAAUGAAAGUAGGGGACACAAAAAGCGCUGUUAGAAAGGGUAACAUGGAGUAUUAUGCCGCUGAAUUGGAGUUAAAUGCCAAAUUUCACACAUUUGCUCAGAACAGCAGCCGAGUCCAUGUUGGUCAUAAUACAGUACAACAGCAGUUAAAGUCUAGCAAGUCAAAGAGAGAAUACACAGAGUUAGGUAGUAAUGAAGAACUGCCUCUUGGUGAAGAGUUUCAAAAUCUAGUCAAGUGUUUUAUAGACCAAAAAGAGAAGAAACCAAACAAAAGAUAUGCAUUGACAAGAAAAUUAUUGGAACAGCUAGCAAUAGGGGCGUGCAAUUAUAGAAGCAGAAAUAAAAAGUCAGGAAUAUCGGCAAAGAAGAUCCGCUUUGCAGUGUCGUCAUCAAGAGCUCAAGAAGAACUGGACGUGAAAUGUUUACAGAUUCUGCGAACUCUAAUUCACAAUGAAGAAAGAAAACUACCUGAUGAUUGGACAAGUUCUGCUGUUGAUGCAAAAGUUAAAAAACAACUAGCACAUAUUAAGGAAAUACAAACAUCAAUAAAUGCGCAUGAUGUAGUUAAUAAAGUACUUCCUCAUUUGGCGAGACGUAGUGACGCAAUAGCGCGUGAAGUUCUAGCGUUUGUCAGUAUCAUGCUCUUUAACGCAAACAGAGAAGUGCAACAAUCGUUACUCGAUUACUUCUUCUCAACGCGGGAAGAGGUUUUCUUCAUGGCUGUCAGAGAUAGAAUGCAGGUGUCUACAAAUUCUAUCAAAGAAAAACUUUUCAUGAUCAAAAAAUCAAUGAGGAAUGCUGGGUAAAUAUAACAGUCGGCUAAGUUAGUUGAAUGGCUAUAUUGAUUAACUAGUUCUUGUUAACAAGUAUGAAUGCUCAGUUUGUGCCAAAUAAAAUCUUCAAUGUUGAUGGUUAGUAUAAGCCAAUUUCAAAUAAAGUCAAACAGGUCAAUGAGCACCUGAUUACUUGACAAUAUGUUACAGAAUAUACAUGUACAUCAAUUGGGAAAACUAUUUGAUUGCUGUUUUUGAUUGCUGUUUUCGUAUGUUCUAGUGUAUGUUAGAAAUGUCUCAACAUAACUUCAAUUCUUCAGCCAUCUAUGGCUUACAUUUGGCACAAACUGAAAAUAAAACUCUAAUUACAGGUGGCUGUGAUGCAUCAAUUAAGAAUGUUUAGUUUAGAAUGUUAUUAUAUUUUAGUUACAGUUGGAUCGGAACGGCUUCAACCCUUCGUUUUGUAACGUUUUUCGUGAGAUAUUUUGUUGAAUUUAUCUAAGGCAAAUUUUGCUCGAAGAGUAAAGUGUUAGUAUAUGGCACAUGUUGUAAUCUAACAUCGGCUUCUCUCAAAGAUGUGAAGUUAUUUUGUUUGUAAAUGAAACAGGGCGGAAUAAAUUACAUUGCUCCCGGAGAAGCAACACUCUCAAGUUUAAUAGUUCUUGAUAUAAUUUUCAAGACAGAAUAGAAUGGGCAGUUAACCUUUUAAUCACAGAAAACGUUAACGUACUCUUAAAGAUUUUUCCAUUGAGAAAUGUUUAUUGGAUUCAGUAUGAUUAUGUUUGAACAUUAUUUUUUUGUUUCAUUUGUUACAGUAAGAUGCACGUUAUUAAACUGUGAAACCACAUAUUUUAUAUCAUGUUAUUUAAUAUUUAAUAUCUUGUUGCUUAGUGCUUUCUAUUGUUACAUCAUUGUUUUCCUUUUAUCUUCUUUCUUUUUUAUUAUUAUUUACAACUUUUUUCAUUCUUUAUAGAUUUGUUCUGACUUUUAUGUCCUGAUUGAUUUGUUUUCUUUUACAUUAAAUGCCUGGACGACAAUAAUAUUUUCAUUUUGAGAUUUU